GUUGUCUUCAUAGUGAUUUGCUAACUGUGUUUUAUAUGUAUUUCAGUCCUAUAAGAUCAUCAAUUUUGCUCCAACACUACUGCAAAUCAUAGUAUCAGAUGAAGUUGAAUUUCCAGUGCGUCAAGCAGCUGCCAUUUACCUGAAGAACAUGGUGGGAUGGUACUGGGCGGACCGUGAACCACGUCCUGGAGAAGUGGUAUUUCCAUUCAACAUUCAUGAAAAUGAUCGUCAGCAGAUUCGUGAUAACAUUGUAGAAGGAAUAAUUCGCUCUCCUGACUUAUUGAGAGCCCAGCUGGCACGCUGCCUCCAUGCUAUCAUUACAUAUGACUUUCCUGGCCAUUGGACAGCCGUGGUAGACAAGAUAGGCUACUACUUGCAGUCUCAGAACAGUGGGAGUUGGCUUGGGAGCCUCCUGUGCCUGUAUGAGCUGGUGAAGAAUUACGAAUGCAGAAAAGCAGAGGAGCAAGGUCCUCUCAUAGCAGCCAUGCAAAUAUUUUUGCCUCGGAUUCAGCAGCAGAUGAUCCAGCUUCUGCCUGAUAACUCCCAUUACUCUGUACUGCUUCAGAAGCAAAUCUUAAAAAUCUUCUAUGCUUUUGUUCAGUAUGUUUUGCCGCUCCAGUUGCUGAAUAACCAGACUAUGACUCAGUGGAUGGAGUUCUUCCGUACUAUCAUUGAUAGAAGUGUACCUCCAGAGACUUUGCAAAUUGAUGAAGAUGAUAGACCGGAGCUGGUGUGGUGGAAAUGCAAGAAGUGGGCAUUGCAUAUUGUAGCUCGUCUUUUUAAACGGUAUGGAAGUCCUGGAAAUGUAACAAAAGAAUACUUCCAAUUCUCAGAGUUUUUUUUAAAAACCUACGCUGUGGGCAUACAAGAGGUUCUCUUAAGAAUCCUAGAUCAAUACAGACAAAAAGACUAUGUUGCACCACGUGUUCUUCAGCUAACGUUAAAUUAUCUGAACCAAGGGGUUAUUCACUCUGUAACAUGGAAGCAAAUGAAGCCACACAUGAAGAGUAUAACAGAAGAAGUCAUAUUCCCUCUAAUGUGCUACAAAGAUGAGGAUGAAGAGCUCUGGCAAGAGGAUCCUUAUGAAUAUAUCCGCAUGAAAUUUGAUGUAUUUGAGGAUUAUGCAUGUACUACAACAGCAGCACAGAAUCUCCUUUAUACCGCUGCGAAGAAGAGAAAAGAGGUAUUACCAAAAACUAUGGCAUAUUGCUAUGAGAUUCUGACAGACCCAAAUAUUGAUCCAAGGAAAAAAGAUGGAGCUCUGCAUGUUAUAGGAUCCCUAGCAGAUAUUUUACUGAAGAAGAGUGUCUUCAAGGAUCAAAUGGAGCUGACGUUACAGAAUCAUGUCUUUCCAUUGUUCAUGUCUAACCUGGGGUACCUCAGAGCUAGAUCCUGUUGGGUACUUCAUUCCUUCAGUGCUUUGAAAUUUCACAAUGAGCUAAACUUGAGGAAUGCAGUAGAGUUGGCCAAGAAGAGCCUGAUUGAUGAUAAGGAAAUGCCUGUAAAAGUAGAAGCAGCCAUAGCUCUUCAGAUGUUAAUAAGCAACCAAGAGCAAGCCAAGGAAUAUAUGAAGCCCUAUGUAAGGCCAGUUAUGCAAGAGCUCUUGCACGUUGUUAGAGAGACGGAAAAUGAUGAUCUUACUAAUGUAAUCCAGAAGAUGAUCUGCGAGUACAGCCAGGAAGUAGCUACCAUUGCUGUUGACAUGACUCAGCACCUGGCUGAAAUAUUUGGUAAAAUAAUUCAGAAUGAUGAACAAGAUGAAGACCAAGACAAAGGAGCUAUGGCCACGGACAUCUUGCACACCAUUGACACUAUCCUGACAGUUGUGGAAGAUCACAAGGAGAUAACUCAACAGCUCGAGAGCAUUUGUUUACAGAUCAUAGGCCUUGUUAUGCAGAAACGCGUUAUAGAGUUUUACGAAGACAUUCUCUCCUUGGCUUACAGCCUGACGUGCCAGAUGAUUUCACCUCAGAUGUGGCAGCUUUUAGGUGUUGUAUAUGAGUUUUUCCCGCAGGUUUGGUAUGGGUGCUUUGCAGAAAUGAUGCCUCUCUUGCAUAAUUACGUGACCGUCGACACUGAUACUUUACUGUCUAACCCAAAGCAUUUAGAAAUCAUUUAUGCUAUGUGUAAAGAGGUAUUAACAGGAGAUUUACGAGAAGAUGCAGAGUGCCAUGCAGCAAAACUCCUGGAAGUCAUUGUUCUUCAAUGCAAAGGACGGGGUAUUGACCAGUGUAUUCCACUCUUUGUGGAGGCAGUUCUGGAGCGGUUAACCAGAGGAGUUAAAACAAGCGAGCUUCGGACCAUGUGUCUUCAGGUUGCCAUAGCUGCGCUCUACUACAACCCUGACCUACUUCUGCACACCUUAGAGAACAUGAGAUUUCCACACAAUCCUGCGCCCGUCACUGCACAGUUCAUAAACCAGUGGAUGAAUGACACAGACUGUUUCCUUGGGCGCCACGACAGAAAGAUGUGUAUAAUAGGACUGAGCAUCCUACUGGAAUUGCAGAACCGACCACCUACAGUGGAUGCUGUGGCUGCCCAGAUUGUCCCUUCAAUCCUCCUCCUCUUCUUGGGCUUAAAACAAGUUCGCAGCUCACGAGAACUCACAGAACAUGAAGAUCAUGCUAAACGUGAAAAACAAGUUGCAGAAGAUAAUGAAGAGAUACCAAGCGAUGAGGAGGAGACAAAUGAAUUGAGCCUGGCAGCGCAGGAGAAACAUAGUGGAGGAGGAGGUGGUGAUGGUGGUGGAGGUGGUGAGGAAGAAGAUGAAGACGAUGAUGAUGAUGACUGGGAUGAAGAGGCAUUGGAAGAGACUGCUCUUGAAGGGUUCAGCACACCUCUUGACCUUGAAAAUGGUGUUGAUGAAUACCAGUUUUUUACACAAGCACUUUUAGCGGUGCAGAGCCGGGAUGCAGCCUGGUACCAUUCGCUGACAGCGCUGUUGAGUGAGGACCAGAAGAAGCAGCUGCAGGAAAUCCAUACAUUAGCAGAACACCGGCGAAAUGCUGCAGAGACUUAAGACAAUAGAACAAGAAAGUGACUACACAUUUGACAACAAAGGACUGAUCACAGCCUUUAACUUUGCUGGAAGUACUCCUGGUGGCAACUGAAGGAUCAACUACAACAAUGGUCAUUGGGAAGGGUCUCAUCAUUACAUUUUCUUGACAUCAUCAUGACUUCUGAGAGAUAGGGGAGAGUAAUUUAAUGCUGCUGAAGGUUUUCUGGAAAAUAGCAGUGUGCUUCCCCCACCAGAAUGCUCUUUCUAACCAGCUACUGUAAUGUACAAAUUCUUGUGGUGUUUUGAUAAUCUGAUGGACUGAAAGGAAACAUUUGUCCUCAAGGAACCUGAAUGACUGGGAGGGGCCAGGCUGCAUCUGAUUGAGUUGCACUUCUCAGGUUUUUGCUGUGCAGAAUUGAUAGAUUCAUAUGGAUAACAGUGCCUUCUGUUGUACAUGGAUUGCCUGAACAAAUGGAUUUUGGAGUGCAUUAUAAUUUUUUAAGUGUAAGGACAUUUCUUGAUACACUGUAAGCCUUGGUUCCAUGUUUUCCUGUCACCGGCUUUUUACUACUUGGUUUAAUUGUUCAUUGAUUGCAUACACAUUGCUGGAUUCUGAAUAUUAUCUCAUCUUCCCUGUUUGGUGCAGACCAAAUGUGUGGAGGAAGGUGUCUGUUGGAGUUGCAAAGCAUACACUGGUUACAUCAAAGAGUCUUAAUAAAAUUGCAGAUUUUCCCUUGAUGCAGUAAUCUUAAAAUACUCUCUUAGCUAUGAAAUCAACUCCCUGGAGUUACUGUGGAACGCGUGGCAGGUGGCUACCCUAAAUCUACAUUGAUAUUACCUCCUGGCUGGACAAGUGGUAUUGCCUGUGCAUGUAGAUGUUCUACAUGACAACUUUUUAUUUCCAGUAUUUUUGAUGAAUAUUGGAUUUUACUUGGGAUUUUAUAAACCUCUUUUCUGUUUUUAUUCAUUCAUUACCAUUCCAGUGGUAGUACUGAAUAAUGUGGUACAAAAUAUUUACAGUGUUUUAUCUCACUAGAAGAAAAACAGCUCCAAACUUAUUCCUUCUUACUCUUACAAUUGCAAUGAAUUGUGAUGGAAUUUCUGAUCUGCAUUCCAUUUGGCUGCUCUUGUCCUUCGCUGAAAUUUCAUUAUCUGCCAGAUUUUUCCCUAAAUUUCAAAGAGUGGUUUCUCAUAAAUUGAAACACCUAUAAUGAAGUGUUUGUGAAUAUGUUCAUUUAGUGAGAAACUGAUAGCAGUACUAAUUUGAAUAGGUGGCCCUCCUUUAGAUCUGUUGGGAUAACAGUGAUGUAGACAAAAUAAGUAGGGGUGCUGUAGAAUGUGAAGUUUGAAUUGGAGAUGAAAUGUUUAGGCCAGAUUUUAUCUCUAUAUGUUAAUUUCUGUAUGACUUAAAAAUACUUACAAGGAAUAUAAAUGCAUAUUGAUAAAGUAUUUCUUUAGAGCAGUGCCCCAACUGAGAAGUCAAAACCCUUCCCAUACCCCAUCAAAUUUUCAACAACUAUAGGAAAUAACAGAUUGCUGGCCUUGCACUGUGCUGAAGCUUCCAAUUUUUUAUAUGUCAGAGUAAUUAUAAUUCAGUCAGAUAAAUCUGAAGCCCUCUUCGCCUUGACGUCUGAAAAAGGCCAAAGUGUCUCUGCCCAUUCCUUGCCCCAUCUCUUGGAAUUUUCUCAGCCUGGCAGCUGUGGGGCAGAAGGUUCCCCAAUGCGUUUCUUUCCGUUGCUGCUACUCACUUAAUAGCAACAAUGAAGAUUUCUCACUUCUAGAUCCGUUGUACAUACAGAAAACUCUGAGAGUUCCAGGGUCUGUGUUUCCAAAACAAUAUAUUGAGCUGCAUUGGGCAGGCUCUUUAAGCUUAAGCAGCAGAGCGCCAGGACAUCCUUUACUUUGAACAUCAAGCCAUGAAAAUUACAGGUCACUCUUGUUAAUUUAAGCCUGGAGGUGUAUUGACUGAAACAGGAGGAAGGCAUUAUAUCCAGUUUGUUGGUGAGUUUCUCAGAAACCAUGGAAGUUUUGAAAUCCUUCACAAAUUUGAGAAAUGUUUUUUGGAAGUUAGGGACAACAACUUUGCUCUUACCUGACAAUUAAAGUUAAGUAUUAGGCAAGUAAACUGUUUAAGCCCUUUAUUUUAUUUUUAAAAAUGAGAUUGUUGAGUUGGGUUUCUUUCAGAGUCCAUUUGCCUUCUCUACAUUAGCAUGCAGAGUGGAAAAGGGUUUUAUUUUUCUUCUGCUAAUGAGGUCACUUGCACAGUCACAAACUAAUAUUUAGAAGUUAAUGUGUUCAAGGAAAAAUCUGCUUUUGCAUAGCAUCAUCUUUGUGUCACUCAGCUGAACUAUGGCUGCUCCCUAGUUCUGCUUCUUGUAUACUUUUCAAAUCAACUGCCAAGAAAAUUUCAUCCAGAUGUUUCUUACAAGGGGUUUAAUCAGCAGCGUGGAGUCGGGAAUCUUUGUUGUCUAUUUGGCAGUGGGGGUCAGAGAUGUCUGAGGGGAUGGCAUGUAAAAAGGUUAAAUGCCCUUACCUUCCCAGGAGAUUCAUGAGCAAAUGUUUCUACUGGCAAAAGCAACUGUUAAUUAUUUUAUUCCUUUUUUUGAAAAGGGAUUUCAUCCAAAAAGAUUUAUUGGGCUCUAGCCUCCACUUUAACAUAUGGUUCUCUUUUAACAUGAUAAAUAUCCGUUUGUACAUGAUCAUAAAUGGGUAAUGGAUUUUAGGGAUUUCUUUCUGCGCUGUGUCCAGCUUUGUACUACAUUAAAGGGAGAGUAACAAAAAUGUGCAUUACUGUCUCACUUUGAAGCCAAGGUAAUCAUGGAAUAUCAGAUACCAGCAUCGGCCAACCAAGCAUGAUGUAUUUGCUGUUGGAAUUGCAGAAAAUCAUGAAUGUAUUGUAAAAUAAAACAAAGGCUGAUAACCUGUGACCCGUGUUGCCCCAUGCCCAUGUUCCCAAAGUGUGAAGGUGACUCACAUGGGCACCAGGGGGGCUUUACAUAGGAAAUUUGCAUUGUGUAGGUUAUAAUCACAGCAAAUGUUAACUUACAUGAUAAACUGCUUUUUCAGAUAAAAUCAACUGAUCUUGGGUGUUGAAUUGCAUAUGCUGUUUUGUCACUCUUAAAAGGAAAAUAAGAAUCA